CAUGGGCAGUGUUUGGCGGGAACGACUACUUGAGUGAUCUUUUCGAAACAUGUCGAACGAUCAAGAAAUUGUCACAUCAAAACCCCUCAAACCGAAGGGAAGGACGGAGUUGGGUGAUGUUACCCCUCAUAACAUCAAGCAGCUCAAGAAGUUGAACUCUGUUGUAUUUCCCGUCAGCUAUAACGACAAGUUUUACAAGGAUGUACUUGAAGUGGGAGAACUAGCCAAACUAGCUUUUUACAAUGACAUUGUAGUUGGAGCUGUUUGCUGUCGUAUUGACCAGAUAGAAGAUACUAGACGGCUUUAUAUAAUGACUUUGGGAUGUUUAGCCCCCUAUAGAAGACUUGCUAUUGGUACUGUCAUGCUGGAACAUGUGUUAAAAUGUUGUGAAAAGGAUGGUAACAUUGACAAUGUUUACUUGCAUGUUCAAGUUAGUAAUGAGGGAGCAAUAGGAUUCUACAAAAGAUUUGGAUUUGAAAUAAUAGAAACAAAGAAACAAUACUACAAACAUAUUGAACCAGCAGAUGCUCAUGUUUUGCAGAAAACACUGAGGCACAAAAACAGCGAUAUUUGUGUAUGACAGAGAGUCAAUGGAUCUAGUUCUUUAACUUUAAAAGCUUCAAAAAACAUUGAAAUUGAGCGAAUCGUAAUGUGCAAAACCAUAUCCUCCUCCCCAACAAGUGUCUGUUUUCCUAGUUUCGGUUAGUGGGGCAAAUUUCCAGCAGAUGGUGCAAACUUGUUAUGGAAUCUGUUAAAGCACAAUCAUUUGAUCGUUGGAAAAAUAAACAUAAAUGUAUGAAAGUGUCCAUUGUCAAUUCAAACUGAAGAGGAUUAUUGUAGGUGAAAAUCAUGUAGAAGCUGGUCCCUGUCAUUUUUUGUUCUGGUUUGGUUUUUUUCAUUACUUUGUUUCAAAUUGAUCAAAGCACGUCAUGAGCAUGAAAAAUUCUGCGAGUCUGGGUGUUCAAAGUCAUUGGAUAUCACCUCCAGCUAUUUGUAUAGAAUUCUCCAGCUAAAUUUUAUUGGCUGGAACUAUUUCAAGUUUAGACAUGGAGAUUAUUUUCCUGUUGCUUCACACAAUUUUCUUGCUACUUUAUUUCCUUAUGGCAACUUUCAAUACUAACAACUCAAAUACUCUUUCAUUUUUGGUGAUAACACCAAUUUAAUUCUUUUGGUUGAUAAUACACUUAAUAGCAAAUUGUCAGUUUGUGCCAAUUUACAUGUAAAGUAGACAAAAACUUUCAAAUAAAACAAUCAAAAUUUCCACUUUCCCAUAUUGUGCGGUGCUGGCAAGGUUAUAUAUUGUGGUGCACUUCUGAAAACGCUCUUUUGGCAGUGAGGGGAGCUGGAGAACCAGGAGGUAUACUAACCUAAAAAAAAUUGUGGAUAAUUU